CACGCCGUGAUUGGCUGCACGCACCACCGCAAUUAAUCUAUACAUAUGAACAUGCUCAAUCCCGCAAGUAUCAACACCUAGCCGCCGUUACAGAGAUCUGUCUAUACCAAAACUUCUACACGUGUUCACAUCAAGAUGAUCGACUUAUACCGCGUCGCAAUGCAAUUCCUUUCUGUCGUCUUGACGUCCAUGCCAUACUUGCAAAGAUGAGACUCCUCCCAUCACUCCUAACAGCAUUACUAUCCCUAACCACCUACCCUCCCCUCACAUCCGCCUCCACCUCCUCCUCCCUCAGAAUCACCGCAGACAACCACUCCUUCGGCGGCGUAAACUACCCGCAACUCCAAUUCUUCACCCCCUCCCACCGCGACGCCACAAUUCGCGAAAUCAUAAAAAGCGGCGCCCGAGUGAUCCGCCUCUUCAUCCGCCCAGAUGCGCAACACUCCGAUCCAGAAGGCGAACUGGGCGGCUUCGACAAGUCGCUCCUCGACCAAUUCGAUGACACGCUUGCGGCUAUCCACCACCUCUCCAAAGGCCAGAUGAAAGUCAUCAUCGCACCACAUGACGCGCAUGCACUUCGGGGUACAAAUGAUGUAGCAUGCGAUGCCUACUGCCAGAAACUGGACGGCGCGUUCCUAGACUUUUAUAGUAGUGACGAAUACCGUGACUUGUACAAAACGCGCCUCGAAGUUUUCUUCAACCACUACCCCUCCAAAAACUUUGACGGCCGUCCCUGGAGUACCCUAUCCGAAGUCAUCCUUGGCGUGGAUCUGCAAAACCAGCCGUUCUCUGGUAUAUCGCCAAUUCCGUCCGGCGAAUCCUGGCUCUGCGACAUAGCUACCUAUCUAAAAUUUACCAUCGGUCUCGACGCAGCCAACAUCGCUGUUAUCAGCGGCGGCGUCUCGGGACCGCAGUCUGUCGACGGAAGCGAGAAUUUCCCGGACAGCGUGUUUGACUGCAAGGCUAUUGAUGUGAUUGGUAUCCAUGGGUAUUUCGAUAAGAGAGGGGAUAGAACGGCGGGGACGGCCUGGGCGGAUUUAUUUCUACCAGGCAAUACGUUGAUGGGGCGGGCGGCGGGGAAGAAAAGGGGGGAGGGGAAACUGUUGUUGGUGGAAGAGUGGGCGUAUGUGCAUAAUGAUGAGUUUGGGUUGUUUUAUAAGAAGGAGGCAAUUUGGGAUCAGGGGAAUGCGUUGAAUUAUCGGGGGAUUCCUUGGUUAUACUCCCACCUAACCCCCCUCUCCGAAGGAAAGUCCUCACACAUCAACCCCCUCCAUCCCCACUACACCACCUGGCCCGCCCUCGUCGACAUCCUAAAACGCUCUUUUACAACCCGCAGCCCCUUCUCCUGGUCCAAAUACCUCCCAGUCCCCUUCCACAUCCUCGCUCCCUCGGCCGACGAAAACACAGAAGCCUACCUUCGGUCCAUGCUCACUGGCUCCCAGACCAAAGAAUGGAAGUUGAAACCAGCAGGCCUGUCGAACCUAACGUCUAUCCCAUUGAACCCGUAUAUCAUCGAGCAGAGCGAUUGUACAUUUGGAUGCGUGGGCCAUCUAUGUGACGCAGCGGAUGGCUGUGCACCGGAUCUUAUUUGCAAGAACAGUGUGUGCCAGGUCAAUUCGGAGUCGCAACCAGGGAAAGUGGGGGAUAGGUGUAACAGUAAAGCAGUCUGUCAGAGUCAUUUAAGGUGUGAGAAGGGGGAGUGUGCAGCUUGUUCUACACGCACAACCAUUCAGCCCGAGGGGAAGAAGAGGAAAAGGACGGUGACGGGGGAUGCGGCGACGCACAAGGAAGAGGAGGAGUAUAGGAGGAGGAAGAUGGUGAAGCCAAACGACCCAAAAGGAACAUGCUACACAGACUCCCUCCCCCACCUCUUCGAAACCGUCAGACUCUCGUCCUCUUCUCUACCACCACCCAUCUGUCUCUCCCCCUCGCACCACGCCUCACCCUGCACAUCCCCCUCCCACUGUUCGGCGCACGAAUACUGUUCUUGGGGCCUAUGCACGCCCUGCUCUUCAACAGACUCAUGUCUCGGGUCUCCCUGCCGCAGUAACAACGCUUGUAAAACCGGUUAUUGUAACGACUACGGCCGCUGCGAUUAUGUGGCGAAGAAGAAGAAGAAGGCGACUGGACCGGGCGGCGCGAGGGGAAAGGUGGGUAGGGUAGCGGGCGUGUCGAGGGGACAUGAGAGGGGGCCUGCGAAAGUUAGAGAUGAGGCGAUGAGGGUGAAUAUACCAAAGGAAGGACCGGCUGCUACUGCGACCGCAUGAUGAAGUGGACUACUGUGUGGGGUGGUGUAGAGGGAAGGCACAGGAAAGGACGGUAUGUGUUGUGUGAAUAGAUAUUUCAAUCUCGACAAUAUAUUCCUAGCUAAAAUAUGAACAAGAAGAUUAUUUAUACUAGUGUGUGGGGUAUCGAUGCCUCCCUCCCUAAACUCCUUUUUGUGGUAUCUGUAGCAUGUACAAUCAUAGUA